AAAUAUCAAAGCAAACAAUCAAAAACUCGCGACAGUCGUCUGCGGCGGGCGAAAGAACGACGGGCUGGAAAAAGCAAAAAAAUACUUUUUUUUACGAAAAGUAUCUUGUUUAUUAGUGCAGUGAUCAGUAUCGUUGUGAAAUACUUCUAAAUAUACUCAUAGAUUUUUGUAACGUGGUUCUACGAGUUUAAGAAACUUUAAUAAUGGGUGAACUCGCUGCAAGACUAGGCCUGGACGAGCUGAGCGGAGGAGCAAUGGGCAUUGGCCGGGCACUCCUCGCAGAGUUUAUUGGUAACGUCCUGCUGAACCUGUUCGGCUGUGGAGCGUGUAUAAACAUCGCUCAGGGCACCACAGCAGCGCCCGACAUAGUGCUGAUAGCGCUUUCCUUCGGUCUCGCAGUCUUCGCCGCUGUCUCAGCUAUUGGCCACAUGUCAGGCGGCCACCUCAACCCAGCAGUGACUGCGGGCAUGCUUGCCACCGGCCGCGUGAAGGUCGCGCGAGGGAUCCUGUACAUCAUCGCGCAGUGCGCAGGCGCAGCCGCCGGCUCCGGCCUGCUCAAAGCAUUAACCCCUGAGCGGGCUGCCGGCAAACUCGGGGUCACUGGCCUCGGCAAUGACGUCACAGAACUCCAGGGCUUCGGCAUCGAGUUCUUCCUUGGAUUCGUACUGGUCUUCGUUGUUUGCGGGGUUUGCGACCCCCACAAGCCGGACAGCAAGGCGACGGCGCCACUGGCCAUCGGCCUGACAGUCACUCUUGGUCACCUGCUAGCCGUGGACUACACUGGCUCUGCGAUGAACCCUGCCCGCUCCUUCGGGUCGGCUCUCGUCGCCGCUGACUGGGGCAGUCAUUGGGUAUACUGGGCGGGCCCCAUAGCAGGUGGUGUGGCGGGCGCGCUACUCUACGUGCACGGCUUCUCUGCGCCCGCGCCGGAGCCCAACAACCCCCGAUACCGACCCGUCGCCGCUGAUGAGAAGGAGCUAAAGCGCCUGGACGGCAAAAACGAGGAUUUGGCCUGAAGUCGCGAGGCCGCGUGGCCGCGAGCCGCGCGUCCCCCGCCCCUCCGCGCGCCUCCCGCCCAGCCCCGCCUCCCCCCACCUCGAUGAUGACUACUCAACCUGGCCGUAUCUACCUUGACCUGAGAAGCUUCCAACUGGACAAAUAUUCAGAAUAUUAUACAGUCUAAUAUGCAAUCUAAUGCUUCAACUAUGGUUGAUAUGGAGCUUAUGACCUUUGAUAUGGAGUACCAACCAGCCCUACACAUUUACGAAAUAACGUGCAGCUAAAGCGAAUCUGUUUUAAAAACCAUUUUCACUAGAAAUUACAUUAAUCAACAUGUAAAAACUACACUUCUCUGCUGAACUCUGAAUCCAUGAUAUCAGUUAUUAAAUAUUUUACUUAGGUAUGAGAUUAUCCUUACAAGAUUUUACUAUUUAUGUCGCCGCAAAUUAGCAAAGUAUGAAUAAGUACAAUGCUUCAAUAACGAAAAAAUAUAAGGUAAUGUAAUCAUCGUCAAAUUAUUGACCUCAUGUAGAGAUGGGAAUAAAGAGAACAAAAAUAUUUUUAUAAAUAAAGUGUAGUAAAUGUAAUCACUGUAUCAAAGUUCGUUGCACUUCAUAAUUCACAAAUAUUCGAAUGUUACUUGUUUAUUUUUAAAUAUAAUUCUCAAUGUUUGUAGGAUUAGGUAUUUAAAAGUAUCAGACGAGUAUUUAGCACUGGCUAAUUAGGUAAAUUUAAUACCUAUCUAUUAAGUUAAUUGAAUAUGCACAUUGAUCUCUUCGGUGACCGAAGAAUGAAAUGUAAAGUUUGCACACAUUAAAAAGAAAAUAUUUUUUUAUCUAUCUUCCAUCAUGGAAGUUGAAUUUAACCUGAGAUUUUGUAAUAAUAAAAUUUUGAAAUAAGUACAUUUAGUAUAGAGUAAGUUUAAUGAGAAACCUUUUCCAAUAGAUUCUAGAAACAAAACUGUCACCUUUUUUAUUCGACUUUAAUAUACAAAUUUUAAUUAUUAAUACUAAAACAAAAAUCGUCAAAAGUACAAAAACUUUUAAUACUUGUAAUGAAUCAAAAUUUCUCAUGUGUUCAAAUAAUGUGUCUUGUGGAGAUCUGUUACAAGAUAAGAGAGAAUGUCAACUGUCACGAGAUUUGAUUGAAUGUAUGUAUAGGAAAAUAAAUAUAUAAUAAAAAAUA